GAUCAUUCCAAGGGCAAUGUAGUGAAAGUGGUGGCGCAUUAGAAAAAAAAAACAAAAAGAAAUUCUCCUCGAAGACUGCAAAAACGAGAUCAAGCUUUAGAAAAAAAUUCAAAUUCCAAAAAUCUCAAAAUGGAUAAAUCGGAAACUAAAAUGGAGAAAAAGGAGCCUACUAAGGUGGAGGCCACAAAAGUUGCCACCAUUGAUGAGGCCUUAGAGAAAACUCAUUUUGGCAAAUUCAAUACCCAAAUUAUUGUCUUCUCUGGUGCGGUAUUGAACAAUGUCAUCUUGGAAUCGGUUGGCAUGAGUUUUGCCCUGCCCGUGGUGUCGUGUGACCUCGACUUAUCCUACCAAGAACAGGGCAUAUUGGGCGCCAUAUGUUUUCUGGGCAUUAUAAUUAGUUCACAUUUUUGGGGUCUGCUGGCGGACACCAUGGGUCGUAAACGUAUUAUGCAGCCAACUUUGUUCCUGGGAUUUGCCGUAACUUUGAUUUCCAGUUUUUCGGUUAAUUUUACAAUGAUGGUGAUUCUGCGGUUUUUGAAUGGCAUAUUUAUAUCCGGUAGUUCUGCUACCAUUUAUGCCUAUGUGGGAGAAUUUCACUGCGAGAAACAUCGUAAUCGGGCUGUGCUUUAUGGAUCUUUUAUUGCAGCCUUUAGUGCGAUUUUCUUCCCCUUGAUUGCAUGGGUAUUCAUCAAUCAAGAAUGGCAGUUUGAGGUGCCCCUGCUGGGCAUAACCUAUAGACCAUGGCGUUUAUUUUUCAUAGUUUGUGGGCUAUCGGGUCUGGUGUGUGGUAUUAUUUUCCACUAUUUGCCGGAGAGUCCCAAAUAUCUGUUGGGCGCCAAUAGGCAUGAUGAAGCCCUGGACGUGCUGCGCUAUAUGCACAAGAAAAAUACGCAGUCAAAUAAAAAACUACAAAAUGAGAGCUUUGAGAUUACCACAUUACUACCGGACCUGGCCGAUGUCCCAGCUGUGGAUACGCAGACCAAAACAAAUGACAAGAAAUCUCUAACCUCAAUAUGUCGGGUGAUAUGGAAUCAAACAGCACCUCUGUUUAUGAGUCAGCACAUACGCAAAACUGUUCUCUCCUCCGCCAUUUUAUUCACCACAUUUUUCACCGCCCAUGGAGUGUAUAUGUGGUUCCCCUAUAUUCUCAAUAACAUUAAUUUAUAUGUGGCCAAAUACGAUGAACCGAAAAGGCUUUGUGAUAUUUUAAGAUUUGCCCAAUCCUCGAAUUUUACUUUAGAUGGAGACGCAGAGUUUCCAGUAGCUGAGAAAAUUUGUGUCACCAAACUGGAAAUUGAUACCUAUAAACAUACCCUAUCGCUGGAAUUUAUCUAUGUUGGUCUUCUACUUCUGGUCAUAUAUGCCAACCGCAGAUUUAACCGCAUUCCCAUUCUGUUUAUUGUCCUAACCGUUUGCGGACUAUGUGGAAUCCUGAGCCUAUUGGUCGAAGACCCCAUGGUAUCGAUUUAUCUAUUUUUAAUAAUGCUGUGUUCCGGCCUGGGAACAAAUGUCAUGAAUGCCAUUGUGGUGGAUAUUUUUCCCACCAGUUUGAGAGCCAUGGCUGUUUGCAUAUCCCUAAUGGUUGGACGCAUUGGCAGUGUUACGGGUAGUAAUGUGCUGGGUGCCCUCAUCGAGACUCAUUGUGAAGAGGCCCUUUACAGUUCAUCAAUAGCCCUGGUGGUGGCAGCUAUUUUGGCCUUGCUAAUGCCAAAAGCUGCAUCUGAAAAGAAGAAAAAAAUAAAUGUUGAAGAAGCUAAUUAGAAUAUUUAUUGUUUAUAAAUUAUUUUCGUAUUUAUUAUUUUAUAUUUAUUUAUUUUUAAAUAAACGAGUUCGACUCAUAAAAAUCAA